CUUUAUAAUUAUGGGAGCUGGACAGAUUGGAGGAAUCGCAACUUUGUUGGAUAUUGACUUCCAGAAUGCGGCCGGUUUUUUGGGAAAGGAUGCAGAACUUAUGGAAGCCCAAUUUAUUGUGUACUUCCUUUCUCACACAAUGAUGUUCUGCGUGGGGUCGCUGAUCGAACCUCAUGUGAUACUGACACCUGCCAGCUGCGUUUUUGCAGAAAAAUUCAAAUUCGAGGUCUACGCAGGAUCACACCAUUUUCUACAGGAGUUUGGCAAUCCCAGAUCUGUGGUGCAUAUAUGUCUUCAUAGAGGAUUUAACAGUACCGGGCUAAGGAAAGACUGUGCAACUGACAAUAUUGCUCUUCUGGUCAUAUCAAAGCCAUAUUCCGCAUCAGAAAGGGAGCCAUUAACAGAAUACGUGAUAAAUAGAGUUCGUUACGGAGGUUAUACACCACAAAAUAAUAUGGACAAAAAAGAAUUAGAAUGUCAUUUUUAUGGAUGGGGUAGUCGUCGCAAUGGAUACCUAAUCCCGUUGCUGAUCUCUUUGCGGCGAGUAGAUGUGACAGUUAUAGAUUCCUCACAAUGCUUGCCAAUGUUUAAUUGGCAGGACAAGUUUCUUUGCAUGAGUCACUUCCCCUGCAGGAUGGAUAAAUACGGCGCUCUGUGUCCGGAUGAUCUAGGCUCACCACUGGUUUGUCACGGUUUUCUUCGCGGCAUGAUGAUAUCAAGGCUGAUUGACCGGCCUUGUGGAAUUGGCUUCAUUGACCUAGCCAAGUAUACUAAGUUCCUAACUUGCGGAGUGGACGACGCUCGCGACGUGCUCGUCCAGGAUGACUAUAUGGAGUUUGGUUCAACAACAAUCAAGUUUCCAAAAACGCUUUCUAUCGCUACAGCAGCACAGAAUACGACGACUGAAAUGAAUACACGUCCACUGAUUAUUACUGGUGGAGGAAGUGUAGAGGUCACUGAUAGAGGUGCACAAACUAGAGAGGGCAGAAUGUCCGUAACGCACUCCGAACCUGAGCCAGUUCCCGACCAGAGCGUGGUGACAGACAAUUCUAAGAGACGCAGACGCCACCAGCAUAAAUAUGAAAAUAGGGCACAUGUUUAUAAUAAUAAAAGACUAUACAAUGAUAAGAAAUAAAAUUGUAUUAUAAUAAUAAUAUUUGUAGUUUUA